CCCCCCCAGCUCGGCAACCUGACCAGCCUCACCAGCCUCGACCUCUCCUCAAACCACCUCUCCGGCCCAAUCCCCCCCGAGCUCGGCCGCCUGACCCGACUCACCGAACUCUUCCUUACAGCAAACAACCUCUCCGGCCCCAUCCCCACCGACCUCGGCCGCCUGACCAACCUCCGCACCCUCUACCUCCUUAACAACAGGCUCUCAGGCACCAUUCCCCCCGGGCUCGGCAGCUUGCCCAACCUCAAAUUCCUCUCCCUCUCAAGAAACGGCCUCUCCGGCCCCAUACCCUCCCAGCUCGGCAACCUGACCCAACUCAUUUAUCUUGACCUCUACAGCAACAACCUCUCGGGCACCAUUCCUCCCGAGCUCGCCAGCCUGACCCAACUCAGCGAACUCGAGCUCUCCUUCAACGAUCUCUCCGGCCCCAUACCCCCUGGGCUGGGCAGCCUCACUAAACUCUUCACACUCCUCGGCCGCCUGACACAACUCACCAGGCUCGACCUCUCCUCUAACGACCUCUCCGGCCCCAUCCCGUCUGAGUUCAAUCAUCUGCUUGCCAUCAGUACCCUCAACCUUAGCUUCACAGGCACGACCUGCGAAGCGCUUGACUUGUCUCGUAUGAGAAAGAUCACGAACCUGGGCCUACCUGACGCGCCACCCCCUUCUUUCGAGCACAACAAUCUGACCUACUUAUCGCUAUCCGUGAACAACAACAAUCCCACCAGACACCUGGAUCUCUCGUCUGUGCCAGAAACUUGCAAAAUCGUCAACAUGACAGGCUCGCACCCCAAUCUCGAGAGCAUCCGGUUCUGGGGAGCUUGCGAGAAGGGCUGCAUUGUGAGCUUGGCGGGCACCGGGGCGAGAUUGUCCCGCAGCACUCGCAGGAAGGUGUGCUUGAGUCCGAUAUCGGUCUUCCUCUCGGGGGACAUUCCCAUCCCGCUGUUCGAAGGACCUCAGGCUUCUCGCCGGUUUUUGGGCGUUCUCAGAAACGCGCAGGGGAACUACACCUUGGCAGACCCGAACUUUGUGGAUCUGAUCGACCUGGGUCGCGAAGGCAGAGCGUACACGGGGGUCGGCUUUUCGAGGGUCCAGGCAGGCAAUCUCUGCGGCAACCCCGAGGCGAAGGUGGUCACGGCGCUCGUCUUCGUGGUAUUCGCCGUCCUCUUGCUUCUGGGGACCAUCUCCAUCCUCCUGGUGGCCCGCUGGCGCCGUCGAGUCCAGGGUGCAGGGCUCGAGACUGCAGAUGGGGGGCGACUCGGGCUUGCUGGGCUUUACCUGUGGGGAGCUGCAAUGGGCGUCCUGCCCGUCGUGGACGUCAUCACCGACUUUCUGGUGCUGAGCGAGGUCUGGGGGGCGUGGCCGAUGUGGCUGGUGCUGGCGUCGGUCUGCGUGCCGUUCUUAUGGGCGUCUUUCGCGGUGGCCAAGGCCUGGUCGUCGAGCGGGAGUCCGGUGCGCGGGUGGAAGGGAUUGCGGGUCAGAUGGCUGUGGCCACUGCCGGCUCUGAGUGAUGAGCAGCCGAGGACGUCGGACGGGUGGUCCCCACGCGCCGCGGUACUGGCAAUCCUGCUGCUGCCCCUGAGCCUCUUGGGGGUGCUCGUCCAGGACCUGCUGUCCGUGGCGGAGAGGUUCGGGCUUCAUCUGGCGACCGGGGACCGGAUCGUCGUUUUCGAGCGCUAUCACGAGUCUCGGGUGGUCGUCGAGUUGCUCCUGGAGUCGCUGCCCCAGGCGGUGUUCCAGACCGGACUGUACAUAAUAGGGAGCUCGAGGGCGACCCGCAUCUACAUCGACCAGCGCAUCUUCGUGCAGUCCAUCGUGGUGUCGCUGUGCAGUCUGUCGGUGCAUUACUGCACCAUGCUCUGGGAGGCGGUGUACGAGGGCAGGUCGCUUUUCCGGGUGUUCUUGGACCGAUUCAAUGGUGCGGGGCAGCCGAGUCUCGUGACGCUGACCACCGAGCCGAGCGCGGACGAAGAAGUGGAGGGGUUGAGUCACAAGGUGGCGAGUUGA